AUGCGGCUGGUACGUCUUGGGCUCUGCUGGCUCGCGUGGUCAUGGCACGCAGCAGCCACCAUUCUGCAAAAUGGUCAAGUCAGAGAAAACCCCUACCCAGGCCACACGCCGAAGAUCUUUCUCGAUGAUACCUGGAAUAUCUACGGCGCAGAUGUGCCGGAGAUCGCGUACAAAGGACGAUGGGAUAGCAAGCAUAUAUCUUGGUGGUCGGCACCUGGUAUCAAAGUAGAGUUUACUGGAAGCAAGCUGGCUGUCUCUUUCGGUCCAAGCACGAACGAUGGGGUGUUGGUCGCAUAUAGAUUGGGUUCUUUAGAUUGGCAGUUCUCCAAUGUCACUGCCGACUCGACCUACCAGUUUGUCGGCAACUGGACGGGACUAAGCGAUGCCCAGAUCGAGCAGAAGAAGAUCUUUGAGAUGCGAGUCCAGAUUGCCAGCGUUGCUGUUGCAGGUGGCUCAGAGCUCACUGUACCUCCUAAGUAUGGAAAGAAGGUCGAAAUCAUUGGAGGAUCUGUCGUCUCCGGACAGUAUGCCACAUAUGAAACUCUCUCGUCCUGGGCAUGGCUUUUUGUUUCCGGUCUUGGAAACGUCGAGUCUACAAUAAGUGCAUAUGCAGGGGUCUGUCUAGUAGAUAACCAAUGUUAUGGUGGUGUUCAUGGCAUGCCAUGGUACUGGCACCGUGCAUCUGACCCCGGCAGCCGGGCUUACUCUUUCUAUGGCGAUCAGCCUGAAGAACUCGACAUAUCUGCCGAACAACCUGCCGACCUCGUCGUGAUUCAAAUGGGAGGAAACGACCACCGACAUCCGAAUGAAAUUCCUGGCAAAGAUUUCUAUCAUGCGUAUGUGGAUAUGAUUGAGGAUAUUCACAGUAAUUGGCCCCACGCAGUGGUUCUUCUUGUGUCCCAAUGGGGUUACUUCGAGAGAUCCGAGUGGGGCUACCGUUUGCCUCAAAUUUACGAAAAAGAAACCAGGGAUGUCCAUGAACACUUCAAAGACCGUGGCUUUGUAUACUAUUUCAACACGGCCGGGAUUAUACAGCAUAAUGACAUCGGUCCCACCAAUCACCCGACAGAUGUUGGGCACAUCAAGUUAGCCAGCCACUUGCUGCAGUGGACAAGACUGGUUCUCAGGUGGGAUCUCGACCCCCAAGGCGAGGUUCAACAUGGAACGACUUACUGGAAUAACGAGGAGGGGUAUUAG